GGCGAAUGCACAAGUCUUGCCCUCAAUAUAAAUCGUGAUACUUCGGCAGAUGGCAAUCACAUGUCGGUACAUAAAUCAAAACAGCCGCUUCAGGGUGAGGUCCUCCGCUGCGCAAACGGUGUGUUUGGACUCGCUGGACAAGUGUCCGGCUAAAGGAUUUGGCGUCUGCUCGCACAGAGCACACAACACAACGACACGCUAUGACGCCGUGUUCGGCGCAGUGCAUUGACACGCUCAAAUCGACAUGGAUUUUUGGGAUUUGUUCAGCACUUAGAAUAUCCUACAAGCGCAUUGUUUUCGUUUGCUCGUGAACCUUUCGAUUGAGUUGGAUUGCGAUCCCAGUAAUCAUGGUGGCUGGAGGUGAUCAUGCAGAUGCACCGUGGGCAGCAUCGUUGGUCGCUGGAGGUAUCGCAGGCGCAGUUGAGGGAUUCGUGACGUAUCCAUUUGAAUACGGCAAGACAAUAGCGCAAUUAAAAACCGCUCAGAACAUUCCCACGCCCAAAAAUCCCUUCGCCGUCGUCCACAACGUCUACAAGACAGAAGGGCUCCGGGCGCUCUACAAAGGCGUGGGCCCUCUAGUCGUCGGGUCCAUCGGCAAAGACGCCGUCCGCUUUCUCUCCUUCGACAGCAUCAAGUCAACCUUCAAAGACCGCGAGACCGGGCGUCUGAGCCCCUUGCGGAGUUUAGCCGCGGGUAUGGCCAGUGGAGUCGUCGCUGCGCUCACGGCCGUGACGCCUUCAGAACGGAUCAAGACGGCACUCAUCGACGAUGCGAGAGGAGCGAAAAGGUUCACGGGGGCGAUGGACUGCUGUCGGGCGAUUCUCGCCGAACACGGCAUCAAGGGUCUGUAUCGGGGCCUGGCAGGGACGAUGCUGAAGCAAGCGGGCGCGACGGCCAUGCGGAUGGGCACAUACAACGUGCUCAAGGACAUGGAAAAGGCGCGCGGGGUUCAGGCGACUACUGCGUCGAGUUUCUUGAAUGGCUGCAUCGCGGGGACGGUGACGACGUUGACGACGCAGCCGUUUGAUAUGAUCAAGACGCGAUGUCAGAGCGCGAAAGGCGCGAGUACAGCAGAGGCUUUUGUGGGGAUUAUGAAGGAGUAUGGAAUCAAGGGCUUUUGGAGGGGGACGACGAUGAGGUUGGGCCGGACGGUCAUGAGCGGUGGUAUCCUCUUCACGUCGUAUGAGUGGGCUUUGGCGAUUGUUGCCCCGAUGAUGAGGGUGGUGGUUGAGAAGGAUGCGCUGUUGAAAGAAUAGAUCAAGAUAUAGAUUCGUCACACGAUCGAACAUUAGAGGUUGAAGAGAAGCUCAGAAAAGAAUGAAUACUGCUG